GAUACUCUCACUGUCAGAGUCACAGUGCCAGUACAAUGUUUUGGGGCUUAUCUCCAGCCUUAGACCUCCAAGAACAAUACUUCAAAGAAAAUAAAACCCUCCCCGAGGAACUAAACAUUUUACUCGUAGGAGGUGCCGACAGUCGCCACAUCCUCCAAACACUAGCGCGUCGUUAUAGACACACCACCACAAAACUCAACUUUUUCUUAAUGGAAGAAAGUGUUGAAACGAUCGCCAAACAACUGCUGCUCCUAAAUGUGGCCUUUCAACACCCAUCAGUUAUGGGUCUCGAACAGAAAGUUAAGUUUUUUAUGGAAUUGUACGGAAAUAGUCUUGUGAGGCCCUCUGUAGCAAAAUUCCUUGCAGCUAUGGCGGCCCAAUUAGUUAAAAUGGUGACGGACUAUGAAUACUUGAAACAAGUAAUGCCCUUCGUGACGCUUGAGAUCAAAUAUAAAGAACGUGACUAUUUGGAGAACUUAUUAAAAUUCUGGUGUAGUCGAGACGAAUUUGACAUUUGCGAUUAUUGGGAUAGACGUUUGAGAAAAAAUUUGGGGGUGAGAUAUGACUCGAAAUUGGGGGCUUUUGAUUGGGAUCUUCACAUGAGACUUCACUCAAUUGGGGCAAAACAAUUGUGUAAUCAAGAGUAUCGCAAUUUUCGACUAAAUGGAGUCGCUUUUUCGUGGCUAGAGUCAGAAGUCUCUAAGCCAAACAGAUCAAUGGUAUGUUUGGCGAUACCAAAUGGGGAAAAAUUCGUCCAUUAUGGGUAUUUGGGAGACAUGCAGACCGGACCGUUCAUAUCAUUCGGACUAGAAUGCGAAGAUGAAGUCUAUCUCAAAACUACAAAUGGCCAAAAUUUACACAGAGCCACUGAUGUAACCGAACACAAUCUCUGCCAAAUCUUCCACGAGAUACAAUACGGAGAAAAAUACUCCCACAAAAACACCUCGGAUAAACAGUUAGGACCCGUCGUUAUGCAAGUUGGAGAAAAACGUGUUAUCGAUACAAAAAUGAACGAAACUCAAAACAACGCCAAAAAUAAAUGUAUCGAUUUAGAAAAUGUGAGCAUUAAAUUCGUUUCGUUGUCCCUCCUCAAACUAUUGCUACACAAACAUGAAUACCGCGAAUUGUUCCAAAUAAUUUACUUUGGGUGUUUUUACACCAAUCGUUUAAAUAAAGAUUUAAUAGACCACAUUUUGGCAAAAAAUGGGUUACUUUUGGUGGAAAACCAAAAAUUUGUGGUCACACAUCGUGACAAACAGUUGCAAGAGUUCGGUGAUAACGUCAAAAAGGCCCUGGAAGGUUCUCAAAUUAAAGAAAUCCGUUUUGACCCAUGUAAAGAUAACUUUGCAAAGUUUGUGAAGAUUUAAAGCGUGGUCUUUAACGAUGAUGAUUUUAACUCUGUCAAGUUUCUAAUAUUUUCAAGAGUUAACACAUGAAGGAAGUUAUAAUUGUAUUCAUUGUAAAUAAUAAAAAACCAUAU